UUUGGCUUCUCUACUUAGACCAGAAGAAAUAAAAGCAAUGGCUGAAAAAAAUAAAGCCGAUAGUAUUGAAUCAGUUGAAAAGUUGAAAAAUGAGGAUAUGCAAACCCACGAAGAAGAAAAAACACAUGGUAAUAAUUCACCUAGACGAAAAUCUAGCAGUUAUUCAGUUCAUUUUACUGGAGAAAAUUCUGAUCAGCCUAAUAGAUCUUCACAAAAUACUGAACGAAAUAAAACUGAUAAAACACAUCGUAGAUCAAGCAAAGGUCCAUUGCCUCCAGUUAAUUAA